UUGAAACCAUUUACCAAGAUUACCCUAGAUGACACGAGUCUCUCCACUCUGGAAAUGCUGAUUUAUUGAAAGAACUUUCUAACCCUGUGUCUUAUCAAUUGUUCGCGUCCAAAUCCAUUUAAGUUUUGCAUAUUACAAACCACUUUGCGUAUCUAUUUCGGGCACGUCUAUCACUUUGUUAUUCACUUAUUGGAACCACCCAAGUGCUCGUGGGCGAUAGGUUACUAGUAUAGCUGAGGCAUUUUGAUUGCAGAAUCGGGACAAUCUAAUAGCGUUGCAAAAUGUGAGAUGCUCCUAGCUGUAGAUUAGAUGGCCAAAAUCGCAAUAACUAAGAUAAAAAUAAACACCUUGCCAAGCCAGCCACCCCCUUGUUUGUGAAAAUGGGACGAUCUAAAUAACCAUAACAAUGUUCAAGAGAUUGUGGUCGGACAGGUUUUCGCCCGCGUGGUCGCAGUUUUGCGGACUCUGGCAGGUUUUCCUGUACUGAACAUCACCGUCGUUAAACAGAUCAACAGUUGAACUAAACAUGAGUGAAAGUUGCCAGAUAGCAUACAUCGGUGACGUCAACAAGACAGCAUACAAUGGUGACGUCUCCAAGACACCGUGCAACGGUGACAUCACCUCGUGCAAUUGUGACGUCACGAAAGCAACAUGCAACGGUGACGUCACUUUCAACGGCGACGUCAACAGUAACGUGAUUGGUCCGGAGGGAAGGUGGCUGCCCAUCUUCCAGGUCGACGCGUUCACGGACAAACCGUUCUCCGGCAACCCUGCAGCCAUCUGUCUGGUGGAGGAAGGAGACUUAACAGAUGACGAACAACAGAAGAUCGCUGCUGAGAUGAACCUGUCUGAAACGGCCUUCCUCCGCAAACUCAGCCACAAGGACGACUUUUCUACAGGUUCGAAGUUCGGCCUGAGGUGGUUCACUCCCACCAAGGAAAUUGACUUGUGCGGCCACGCCACCCUCGCCUCGGCCGCUAGUCUCUUCUACAUCAUGGACAACCCCAGCCCGAAGCUGACGUUCGUGACCCGGAGCGGAGAGCUGUUUGCUGAGAGACAGGGCGAGUACAUCUCACUGGACCUGCCGGAAAACGUCCCCAAACCACAGGACAGACAAGCUUAUAGUCGGCUGCUACAGGCUAUUGUAGGCACGACUCCUGUCCAGGACGUCCGGUACUGCAGUUCGGUGGGUGGGGACCUGUUGGUCAGACUGUCAGACGACACAACAAGGGCUACGUUGGAGAGCCUGAAGCCUGACUUGGGAGCCAUGAUGGCAGCUCACACAGAGGGCAAACUCAGGGGAGUGGCGGUCACCGUCAAAGGAAGCCCGUCUAACGGGUGCACAGAUGCCCGGGGAGUCGGGUAUGACUUCAUCUCCCGGUUCUUCUCGCCCUGGUACGGCGUGCCUGAGGACCCGGUCUGCGGGUCUGCGCACACCGUCCUCGCCAGCUACUGGGCAAAGGAACUCGGCCAGACGGACUUCUACGUCCGCCAGUGCUCUCCUAGAGGAGGAGACUUGAAGGUCCGGCUGAGAGAAGACGGGAGGGUGGAGGUGGCGGGGAAGGCGACUGUCGUCUUUAAGGGGGAGAUCAAGAUCUAAAGCAUGUCUUCAGAGAUGUCGAAAUAAUUUACUAGUGGUAUAGUAAAUUUUUGAAAAAGUCGGGUAAUGAUUACUAUGACUUGACUUUUAUUUACUAACAUUGUAAAUUUUGUAAACAACACUGGACAAUGGUAAAUGAGAGUCAAGUAAUUUCAUUACCGAUUUUAGUCUGGUACGUUGCUGUUUACAAAGCAAACAUAAAAUCGACUUAACUGGCCUUCACUACCAUUGGCAAAUCAAAAGUUGGAUAAGUGUAUGGUUGAAAUUUCACACAUUUGUGGAAGGAUAUUGACAUAACAGGUGACUGUUGAGAAGGUAUUUUUGAUGUAUGUUAUCCAUGACAGCUAAUUAUCGGCCACAGGGUAAACAAGUCUGCUGGGAAAUAGGUUUGAGCUUUGGCGCUCACAUCUGUUGCAUGCACAGAAUGCAUGCAGUGCAGACUGGAUUGUCUUUGAUGAAUGUAUAAUAACUUGCCUUAGGCAAAUGUUAUGAAGGGGAGCUUCAUAAUAUGUAAAUUAUAUCAGAGUGAAGUUGCUUGUGGCAAAUGAAUUUGCAGGCAAGUUUAUUCAGUGAAG